CCACAGAGUAUAAAGCGCGAGACGAUUAUUUUAUGAUCUCAGUUAUGCACCGCCUGUUAACUUCCACGCACACAAUGAAAUCCUUCGUAGCUCUUUUCAUCGUCGUGACCGCCGUCGCCGUCAACGCCGUCCCUGUAGAGAAAGACGCCGCAAUUCUCAAACAAGACGUCGAAGUCCAACCACAAAACUACGCAAUUGAGACCAGGGAUGAUAUGAAAGGACAAGACUCCGGUUAUGUCAAAAACGUAGGAGCGGGUGAACAUCCUUCCGUUACUCCUGCACCUCAGCCAAUGCCAUACUACAUCAUCCCGGUAACUGACUACAUCAAGCCUCCUGAAAAAAAGAUCCCAGUUCUCAAGGAGUAAUUACGCUUAGGAUAUUACAAUAAGUACGUUACUUCUAGUCGAGAAUUUAUAACGGAGCAGUAAAAGUUCUUAUCCA